CAAGCAUACUGAAGCCGUUUGCCAUCAGAGCAUUCGAGACUGCCUACAAGAACCGAAACUGUGUUUAUACACCGAACCUGGAGACCAGCCGACGGGCAUAAUACGGACUAAAGCGAUGGCGAGGAAAAAAAGCAAGCAGCAGGGCGUCGGGGCCAAGGAUUUAGUGUCGGGACAGCAGCAGCAGAGCCUGUCGAAGAAGCCCAGCGAUGCGGGAGCAGCAGCAGCGGCGGCGGCAGCAGGAGGCGGCGCUGGCGGUGGAGGAGAUGCAGGAGCGAGCAGGACCAAUCAGUCCAUGCACACCUGCUGCUUGCUGUGCCAUCGGGAGUUUAAAGACUGGGGGGCAGGCCAGGUGAACGGGCUCCCCAGUCAUGGGUCCAAACUAGCAGAGGCUGUACCUGCGCUCUCCCAGGCUCUGCUGAGGGAGGUUCCAGGCCGCAAGCUGGCAGACGCCGUGCCUUCGCUCUCCCAGUCACUGUUGGGUGAAGUGCCGCUGUGGAUCUGCCAGAGCUGUAGGAAGAGUGUGGAAGAGGAGGAGAGGAGAACGAUUCAGGAGCAAACUGCGCAAGUGCUGCUGUCCCACUCGUCCUCGUGUAAGUCUCAGAGCUGUGGGAAUGGUUAUCCUGAGCAUAGCUCGGUGGAUUGGGACCCCAGCUCCUUCCUCUCCGCGCGCAAACUGUCUGGCCUGUGGAACUCGGCUCAUUCUAAUGGAGGAUCUCAAUGCAACCACAGCACAGCUACGCUUUCACAAAGCGGAACGGUGGGACCAGCUUGCCAUGAGAAGAGAUCUUCUCAUGACGCUCCCGGGAAGGCUGCCAAAACAUUCGGGACUAAAGUCUGUCCCUACAGUCAUCCCGCAUCCCAGAAUUCCAAUGUGGCUUCUCCUGGGACACUGUCUGCCUCCACUGAUCUAUGUAAGACCAACCCCAAGCACUUCAAGACAAUGUGUCGACGACCAACUCCUCCAGGUGAGGCGUUCCACCCAAAUGACCACCACCAAGCUGCAGACCUGUCAGUGCCGCCCAACAGUCCUACAGGUCUCUCAUCCCAGCAUUCCUCGCUGCUGCCUCCUAAGCAAAACUCCAGUCAGCAUGUUCACAUCAACUCCACUAGUUCGGGGCUGCCUUCGCACGCUCCCUUCUCCCCGCUGGUACCAAACAUUCACGCUCCUGCAGCUAAGCACUCGAGUGGGGCGGACAGUCCGGUGGCCCUACACAAGCCCAGCGGCUGCAAGAACUCCCACAUUCCCGCUGUUAACGCACAACACAGCAAACUCAGCAACUCGCUCAUAGGGUGCAGUCACCCGUGCAACGGUCACAGUAACGGCAGCUCUGUAGCCUCCUCCAAUGCUGGCCAUCUAACGUCUGGGGGAUGCAGGGACCAAGCGUGUAAAGGGCACAAGUUGCCCAACGGGUCUUUGUGUCACGCCCCACCCUGUGAGCUUGAAGAAGGAGAUGAUGAGGACAGUAGCUCGGAGCGCAGCUCUUGUGCUUCCUCCUCCACCAAUCAGAAGGACGGGAAAUACUGUGACUGUUGCUACUGCGAGUUCUUUGGCCACAACGCGCCCCCGGCCGCCCCCACCAGUCGGAACUAUGCUGAGAUCAGGGAGAAGCUUCGGUCCAGGCUGACCCGCCGUAAAGAGGAACUUCCUCAGAGGCAGGAUCUAGAUCCGGCAGCACCGAGUGCCAUAGACCAUCGAGACGUGGACGAACUCCUGGACUUCAUCAACAGCACAGAGCCCAAGCCUGUCAACAGUGCCAAGGCUGCAAAACGGGCACGGCACAAACAGAAGAAAAAGGAGAAGGAGAGGGCUCUUCAGGUCAGCGUCGAGGCAGCCAGCAGUGAACCCCGGUCGGCAUCUCCCCCCGACCCCGCAGAUGAUUCAACUCCGGACGGGGAAGCAAACAGACUGCUGGAGUGGCCUCAGUUGGAGCUGGAGCGAGUUAACAGUUUCUUGACCAGCCGUCUGGAGGAGAUCAAAAACACCAUAAAAGACUCCAUCCGUGCCUCCUUCAGCAUGUACGACCUCAACCUGGACGUCAAUGACUUCCCAAAGAAGGCGGCGACACUGGAAGGAAACCAUCUGCUGUCUCACCUCAACGGAUCUUCUGAUCUGCAGCAGAUAGACUUGGAUCUGGCACCGCUCUCACUGAGGAACUUCAAGAGAGACCUGGAUAUAGUUAACGGUUGGGAGGACACCACCACUGCAGCCAAAGACAUCCAGAGGCUUCACUCCACGCCAAGUCUUUCCAAGCUCAUCCGUGUGCGGUCACCAGAACGAAGCCCUGCCACGGGUUCAGAGUCCAUCCAGCCUGGCACUGCAUCUGCGGCCAAGUCCAACGAUGCGGUCCUCGAAACCAAAACCACAAAUGGAGCUGGAUCCAAGGCAAAGAAGGGUAAGAAACAGCAGAAUCAGAGGCACCAGGAGCAGGCGACUCAGGAGCAGGUGUCCAGUACGAAAACGGCAAAAACUGAGAUGCACAAAACGCAGGAAACAAGGGCAGCUGAUUCAGAUAAAAACACCAAAGGUGGAUCCAAACAGAACCAGCAGCAGGCAGACUCGCAGAAAACAGGAAAUAAGAGAGCAGAAGAGGUCAAAGCUUGCAAGCAGUCAUCCAAUGGAGCCUCAAACGGUCACCAUAAUACAGGGUCUAACACGCAGAGGGGGAAGAAUGACCUCUCGGACGCACGGGGAAACAGGUCGGAGUAUGAUAUAGACACUAAAACCACCUCCAAUGCUCCCAGUUCACAGCAGCAAGCACAGCAACCGAAGGGAAAGACUAAAAAUAAGAGCAAAAACAAGAUGGAAAAAUCAAAUAACACAAUCGAUGAUGUGUUCCUUCCCAAAGAUGUCGACCCUACAGAAAUGGACGAGAUUGAUCGUGAAGUUGAAUAUUUCAAGAGGUUUUGUCUUGACUCUGCUAAACAAACCCGACAGAAGGUGGCUGUGAACUGGUCCAACUUCAGCCUCAAAAAGAUGCCCUCAAAUGCAGCUCAGUAACAGAUGGGUGAUGGUAAACAGACCCCCUCCCCUCCCCUCCCAGCAAGACUGUACUAAAAACCAGUUUGGCCUUUGGUUACUUCACUCAACAUCUGAUCGGCCUAAGGUUUCUCCCUCUCACAGCUCUUUCUGCCUCUAUGCCACGGGACCUUGAUUUUGACCACCAGUCAUCAAACUCGUUUUCAUUUGACCUGUUGUUCACGGGGGAUCACACUGCAUCCUGACCUCAGUCUGAAAACUUGCAUCUUGUUAUCGCUAAAACACGUUUGGGUACUGAUUCAGUGCAUCUACAUGCUUUAUAUGUCAUAUGUACACAGUUGUUUUACAAUAAAAAUGUUUUAAAUUUACAACAAUGGUGCGGUUUGACCCAUCACGCUUUUUUCAGCUGUUCAUGUGUUUUAAAAGGUACUUCUACGGUUGCACCAUCAUGCAUUUUUGCAGACUCCACUCACCUUGCAAAUAUACUGUAUUCUUAGAAUAGAUGCGAAAAAUGUGGGUUUUUUGAUAAUACAAAAUUCGAAUUGCUGUAUCAUGUCUGAUUGUCAUAACGGAGGUAAAAAGGCAGCAAGGACUGUUGUGUUCACUGAUGUGUUUUAGUUUGCAGAACUGUCCAUGUGAAAUACAAAGAUCUGGAUAGAUUAUGCUACACCCAUGUAAUUUCGCAGUCGACUUUGUAAGGCCAAGUGCAGCUGUGACAGUUUAUAUGCACAAAAAGUGAACCGUGCACAUCGACUUUGUUGUCUUUUAGAACAAUGAGAACAUCAGUACCUAUGCUUACAAUGUAUGAUGUUGUGAAACUGUUUUGUUUUAUUACUUUGGACGUUUUUAAGAAAAGAAAAUGGAAUCAACACUAAAAAACACUGAUUUUAAAGACCUGUAUCCGUUGACUGUGUCACUUUUACACAGAAUCUAAGGUUGAGCAGAUGAGCUGUUUCCUUUGCAUGAUGCGUGAAAACUGACAAGUAUAGGCAACUACAAAUCUCUCCCUUGUCCUUCAACUCUGUAUGGAAUGCUGUUCCAAACUGACUGUUGGCAAAAUUCCCUGAUUCCCAGACCGAAAUCUUAUGGUAGUAUCCCUGCUGAUCCUCCCGUGUGGUAGUUUGGAUAUAGUUCUGUGCAGUGACCACAUUCUCAAUGCUGUUGUUGUGAGUUUCAGUUUGUAGUAGGUUCUCCAGCAGUGCACCCUUGUUUUGGCUGCAUGAUGGUAUCAGACCUGAAUUUAUGCAUCCAAGACCCUUGCAGUAGUUCUGCUUGUGUAGUUUCAGUCCACUGGUGCGUAACCAGACCUGUUCAGAACUGUUUUCAUUCGUUACAUUUGCAAUCGCAUUUUACGCUGAUUUAAAGGGUGGUACAGCGCUUGUAACAUCUGGUGGCCCUUGCCAUAGCUUUGUAUGUCUGCGUCAUAGUUUUUUACACCUGUAUCCCUGAAGCUGAGCCCCUUCUGGUAAAAAUCCCAACUACAGAUAUGACACUUAAAAAAAAAAAAAUUUAGGGUCUCUGGGUUUAUGAUAGAGUAAAUCUCCUUUGAAGGACUGAGAUCUCUUGAGAAAUCCGUUUUGAGUUUUUGUUUUCAUAUUUUUCCGACAUCUUUGACUCUAUCCAGGUUAUAUUAAACUAGAAAACAUCUUAAACAUUUGGAAUGUAGAUUUAUACUAUACCGUUAAUGGCCAAGUGUAUGUUGG